AUGUCCUACACCAUCAAAGUACACAUCUACCAGGAAAAUACAAACGCGUUUUUCCACAUUGUGGAAAAAACCGUGUUUAGAAAUGGCACCUGGGGCGAGACCAAUGGCGCGCAGAUCCUGACCAUGGGCGGCAGCGGUACCGCCGGCUCCCUCCGCUUCCUCGCCAACACUGGCGAGAGCUGCAUCGUCACCCUUGGCGUACACAAUUAUAAGCCAUGGGGCGACAUCGUGACCAAGCUGGACCCUGGCUCUCAGACUGGUGUCGUCAUCACCCCGGAGUACUACGAGACAGAAUGGGGCGGCACGCAAAAGAAGGAGCGCGUCGAUAUGCGAUGGAAGACGCUUUCUCACUAUGAUGUCACUCGCGAUGGGCGAAAGUACAGUUUCAAGUACACCGAAAUUAAGGACAAGCACCUCGAGGUCAAUUUUAUCAUUCAUUAG